CUUUCUUUCCGUGUGAUCGUUCGAUGGCUUCGGAAGCGCUUCCUUCCUUCGUCUCGGCUCCUCCUCCUCUUACCACGAGAGGCGGCAGCGGCAGAGAGCCUUCCUCUUCUCUCCUUCCUCCUCGUGCUGUCUCCCUUCUCCUACACCACCGCCCUCCCUCCCCGGCGAGUCACCGCCUGGCCGCCCUCUGCUCGGUUGAUCUCUCUACCGUCCCUCUCCUGUCGUCUCGCCGAUGCUACCGGAGGGGAGGAGCGGUCGCCUCGGCUUCGUCGUCCUCUUCAUUUGGUGGAGGUGAGGAGGGCGAAGAGGAGGAUGAGGUGGAGAGGGCGCUGGGGAUGGACGGAAGCAUCCCCCGGAGCUCGCAGGAGUUCGUCAGGCGGGUCUCCUCCCGCGCCUACGACAUGCGCCGCAACCUCAUGCAGUCCCUUGACUCCAUCAGCUACGAUGUGUUGGAGGCCAAUCCAUGGAGAGAAGACUCCAAACCAGUUUAUGUUUUGGCACAAAGAGAUAACCAAUUAUGGACAAUGAAAACACGUCGUAGCCGCAGCGAAGUGGAAAGGGAACUUGGGCUGCUGUUCUCUAAAGGGGGAAAACGGGGAUCAGAAGUCGGCACUAAAGCUAAACAGAGUACUGGGACAAAGUUUCACAUGCUUGUGGAAGAUAUCAGAGAGGGAGUGCUUGUCUUUGAAGAUGAGGAUGAAGCAGCAAAAUACUGUGACAUACUACAGGGAGGAGGCCAAGGUUGUGAAGGCAUUGCAGAGCUGGAUGCAUCCUCUGUUUUUGAUAUUUGUCGUAGGAUGAGGGCUCUUGCUGUUCUGUUCCGUCGAGGGAGAACACCACCAUUACCUAAAAGCCUUGAGCAGAACCUAAAGGCUAGAAAGAGGUCACUGGAGGAUCAGGACCCUAUGUGAAACCAUACAUAGUACAUGAGCAUGCUGUAUAAUAUUGCCUUGUAUUUAACAACCAAAAAUAUAAUAUAAAAUUUCAUAUGAUUUAAGAAUACAUAUCCAACAUAGAGAAAGACUAUACUCAAGAUCUGGUGAUGAAGGCUGAUGCACAUGUUGCUUUGUGAUUUCACAGACUUAAACGUAACGAGAUCGAGCUCAACGACAAUUAGCUGGCUAUGAUCCAUAACAACAUUCAUCAUGUGGGCAUGAAGGAGUUCACAAAAUAUGUGGCCAUGGCAGUUUGUGCAGCUCUCAUGGUGUCUCUUUCUGCUUGCUGUUACCUGAUGGUAUCACCUUUAUCAUUAUGCAUAGGAUUGGAUUGGAAGCUAGUCACAUGAUAACUAUUACAACUCUCAGUUUUGUCUCAGCUGAGACAAGAUUUAUAUGCCCCGUGACUUCUUGCCAAUCUCAGAGUGGUGGCAAACCUGAUAUCAGGAGACAACAACCAUGAGUUGGUAAUUAUGUCGAUACACUUUCUACACAGAAUCUAGCAGCAGUACUUGAACUGAAUGAAGAGAAUACUUUGCUUGUGAGAA